AAGGGGUGGAGGACACUGGAUAGAGGCCAGUGGAGGAUUGGGAGAGAGGGGUGGAAAACACUGAAUGGAGGCCAGUGGAAGGAUUGGUUGACAGAGGUGGAGGACACUGAAAGGAGAUCAGUGGAAGGAUUGGCAGAGGGGUGGAGGACACUGGAUAAAGGCCCGUGGAGAGAUUGGCAGAGAGGGGUGGAAGAAACUGAAUGGAGCCAAGUGGGGGAGAGAUUGGACACUUGAGAGAGGUGCAGGACACUGAAUGGAGACUAGUGGAAGGAUUGGCAGAGAGUGGUGGAGAGACACUGAAUGGAGGCCAGUGAAGAGAUUGGUUGAGAGAGGUGAAGGACACUGAAUGGAGGCCAGUGGAGGGAUUGACAGAAAGGCGUGGAGAACACUCAGGGGCGUCAGGGGCGUCCUUGGGGUUGAAUGGAUCGGAUCUGUGGAGGAAUCCAGUGGAGGGAUUGGUAGAGAGGAGUGGAGGAAAUUGGAAGGAGGCCAAUUAGAAAAUUGGGGCGAGUCUGGCAGCAGGAUUCAUGAUAGAUUGAAGAGGC